GGAUGUGCUAAGGAAAAGUAUGGGUUGGAAUUCUAUCGAAGGCAUUUUGAUAUUUGUGCAAAAAUGUUCAAAAUGAUGUGAUUCUAAUCGUAAUUAAGCUUUUGUUUAAAAUGGUGUGAUUAAUUGUUAUUUUGUCAGGCCUCAGGUGCGGUUGAAAAUUGAGACAAAGUCGCAAUAUUGUCGACUCAUUAAAUUGGAACACAGACGUCAUUGUCAAAAAGUAUGGCAGUCAAACAGCACGUUAAUGAGGUGGACGAGCGCUCUGAAGUGCAGCCUGUAGAUCUGGAGCAAAUAAUACAGACUAUAAAACUUAUCCGACAAAACCGAAGUCAUUUGCUUGUUGGAUCUAAUCUUGUCAACUUAUUUGAAACCAUAGUACACUGCUUAGCUCAUGUGCACAACCCAAGGGAAACUGGGUUAUCAAGAUUUCUAGAAAAUGUCAAUCUAGUUCGUGAUUUCUUUAAAGAAACCUGUGACAAUUUGCCAAAUACUUUAAAAGAACAAGUUGUAUCAGCUUGCCUCAAGAAGUUGUAUCUUGUUUUAUCAAAAGCAGAUUCUAGCGAACCAUGUGCAGCAGUGUCUAUAAUAUUAACAUUAGUAGAACCGAACAUUGUGCCUGGAGCUGUAUCUUGGCUUUUGAGAGAAAAUCCUGGGGAUGAUGAAACAUUAUUAAGAAUAUUACGCAGAUUGUUUAUGUGGCUCCGGUAUUGUAAUUACACACCAUGUUUGACCGAGUGGACCAUUACAUUUAUGAAGGGGUUGCAGGAAGAAGGCAGAUGGGAUGUUAUGCUUGCAGCCAGCAGUUUGGUUAUAGAAAAUUUAUUGGCAGGGCUGGCCAUGCCAUUGUUUAGAUCAACCAUAGCACCAGUUGUUGAGCACAUGCUCACAACUGUUUUGCAUACGCCACUUUUGCUUCAAAAGGUUUUGCCACGAUUAAUGGUAGUGUUAAAUCAAUUAUCUCGAGAAGAUUCAAUUAGUGCUAAUUUGACCAGGCAAAGAUUGAUUGAUAUAAUAACAGCUUUAUUAGAAGUAUUUCCAAAUGAAAUUGAAGGCCAUAAGGAUGUUGUGAAUUUUGUACAUAAUGUUGGCCCUUCCGCUGAUUAUAGAAGGGUCUUAAAAUGCAAUGCAUCUAUGAGUAUUGUAAGAAUGUCCACACCCGGUUCAAGCAAAGUUGGAUUGAAUAACUUAGGAAAUACUUGUUACAUGAAUAGUGUUCUUCAAUCAUUAUUUAUGACCAGACAAUUUUACAAGCAAGUUAUCUUAUCGAGUGGUGGUAAACGUGGGAUUGUAAUGAAGCAAUUGGCUCAUUUAUUUGCUUUAUUAAGUUACUCAAAUCGUCCUUAUAUUUCACCCAAAGACAUAUUGCAGAUAGCCAGACCGCCUGGGUUUACGCCAGGCCAAUACCAUGACAGCUCUGAAUUUCUUGUAUAUUUAUUAGAUACAUUGCAUGAGCAAGAAACACAGUUGAACAGAACUCUUGGCACAGAAGCGAAAGUAGCUAACACAGUUAAUACUUGUGGCAAAUUUUCACAAAAAAACAUAAAUAAAAGAAGAUUCCGGUUGAACAACUGGCCUUAUUCUAAACUAAAUCACUCGAGUUCCAUGAGAUUUUCAAAUAAUAAUGAUGAUGUAAAUUUUCAAAGUAAUAGUGAUAUGUUUACUAAAAGCAAACUGCCUGGAACUUCUAAAAACAGUAAUGAGUAUAUGGAGACUGAUGAUAAAUUUUCUAGUGAUAAAAUAAUUCUUAAGAGCAGUAGCAGUAACAUUGAAAUAGAUAUGGAUUCAAGCAGUUCAUCAAGCCCUUAUACCUCGAAACCGGACAAACCCUUAUUCAACACAGACUGCAAAACAAUCACUCAAACUUGCUUCAACGGAGAAAUGCUGACUUGUUACGAAUGCAUGGCUUGCCGCUCACGAAGCAACAACCAUGAUACAUUUAGAGACUUACAAUUAGCUUUUCCGGACAACAACACGACAUCUGGUGAAAAAUCGUACUCGGUGCAAUGGCUACUUGAUUAUUAUCUGUCGAAGGAAAAAUUACAAGGUGCGAAUAAAUAUUCUUGUGGACAAUGUAAAACGUUGUGCGAUGCCGAACGGUCUAUCACCAUUUUGGGCGCACCACAAAAUUUGAUUUUGACUCUGAAGCACUUCAGGUAUGAUGCGGUUCAGCAUGAAAGGAAGAAGUUAUCUCACAAAAUACAUCAUAAUGAAAAAGUGCAUUUGGUUGUUAUGUCAAAUAAACAGCCUGUGAAAGUUUUUUAUAUGUUAUAUGCUGCAGUGGUUCACGAUGGUGUUAACAUGGACAGUGGACAUUAUUACACUUAUGCUAUGGAUAAACAUAAACAUUGGUAUAAGUUUAAUGAUAGUGUGGUAAGCAAUGCAUCGUUUAAAGAUUUGGACGAAAUGAACCCUUACAAUACUCCGUACAUAUUAUUUUAUAAAAUAAUUGGCACGCAAAGUAUUUCGGCGCAAGAGCUAAAACAAAACGGUGUUGACAGUCCCAAGAAGUUAAGAUUGGGAGAAACUAUGAUUUAUAAUGGAUUGAAAAAUAAGGACAAAGACAUGUUCAACAUGAAACAUUGUUCAGAAGAUUGCGAUAUUGACUUCGAAGAUUUACCUUUGGAUCUCCAGGAUUUGAUAAGGCGAGAUAAUAAGCGUUUCGAGGAGGAGAAUUUGUUUAAUAAAUCGAGUAAUACAAAUACUUCACUGCUUUUUGGUAAAGACAAAUCGGAUUCGGAUAACGAAGACGACUCUCCGAGCGGUUGCAGUGGAGGAUCAGGAAUUACAAGUAAUGCCAAUCGAUAUAUAUUUUAGUACUCGUUUUUAUUAAACUUAAAAUUAGUUUUCAA